CACGCCGAGCAUCGACGGUUCCGACGUUUCGAAACAUUCCGAAAGUCCGUCAAAAGUACCGUGAAGGCUGACUGGGUCCGACCGGACCCACCGCGCGCGGCUCCGCUGAGGAACCGUGAUGAAUGGAGCUAAUUUACAUCUUUUCUUUUUUUUAAUGGAGUUUGGUUGUAACGUCUCUGGGCGCGGAAGUCAUCGGCUCUAAACUGACUCCAGACCAGUUGGCAUCUGGAGGUCCUCUCAGCUGCUGCGUCAUGGCGGCCGGCGGCGGCCUGUCCCCGGAGUCCACGGUCACCUCCCUGCUGUCCAGCUCGGGUCACCUGAGGAGCAGCCUGCUGGGCCCCGACGCCACCUUCAGAUACCGGCACAAGGACUACGAGUCGGCCUCGGCGGCGCUGGACGCCUACAUCAGGGACUUUGAGAGGAGCCGGCAGCCCGCGGGGGGGCUCCUCCUGCCGGGCCCGCCCUCCACGCCGAGCAGAGCCGGAGCGGCCCGGAACAGAGACGUUCUGAAGGAGCGUCUGACCGACCGGGAGCUGGACUUCCUGAACCUCCCCGUCAGCUCCCUUCAUCACCGCGGCAACCGAGAGCGUCUCUCCAUGACGACGGACGAGCUGCUGUGCAUCCCUCACGACGGCUCCAUGCCCGUCACGCACACCUCCGCCUUCCUCCGGGGUCUCCGGUCCCAGUCUGGAUCCUCGGAGCCCGGCUGCUCCUCCAGACCGGCUCACAUGCCCUGGGACCCCCAGCGGAGCCCCCGCCCCCCACCUCCACCCAGGAGCUCCAGAGCGAGGCCAGCGGACCCUCGUGCGUCGCUGCACCUCCCCCGCUGGUUCACCAGCAACAAGACGGACAUGGACUGCUCCGGGCUCAGCAGCGGGCCGGAGCAGAAGUACCCGGCGUGGGUCGGGCGCUGCGACCUCAGCGAGACGACGGCCACGCGGUCCGAGGAGCGCUGGGACCGACGCGCUCCCAGAACCGGGCCUCCGUCCUGGGACCAGACGCCUUCACGGGCUCUCCGGGCUCUCGGGCUCCAGUUCGCUGAACAGAUUUCUCUCCUCGCCGCAGAGCGACGUGGCGAUGACGUCACGGACACGCGGCGCCUGUUCAGAGGCAACAGGAUCGAGGCUCUGAUCCAGAAGGCCGAUCGGGUCCUGAACAGUCUGUCUCUCAGUUCUGGAGACCUGGACGGUCCUGCAGAUCCAGUGGGUGUCGCUGAGGAAGCCGUCAAUCCAGUGAGCAGUGAGGAGCUCCUCCCCCCUCGCGGCCCGGCGGCAGCAGCAGGGGGCGCCGCAGAGGCUCCGCCCCUCCGAGGAGCUCAGGCCUGGGUCUCCGGUCUCCACGGUAACGGCCUCUUUAAGCAGCCGGGUCCAGUGGAGGCGCUGAAGCAGAUGCUGUUCAGACUGCAGGCGGUGGAGGCGGAGCUUCAGCGGCGGCAACUGGCACCGGGGCUCUCAGCCGGGCUGCAGCCGAGGCCUGACGGAGAAGAGCAGCUGGAGAGAGGUCCUGGAGGUCCUGGAGGUCCUGGAGGUCAUGGAGGUCCUGGAGGUCAUGGAGGGCCGUCACUGCAGAGAGCGAUGCACCACCUGAGCCGCCUGAAGGAGCUGGUGGAGGAACCCACAGAGACCCGGGAGGAGGAGGAGGAGGAGCGGGACGAAGAUGAAGGACGCUCCUCCUCUUCUCCCGCUGACGGACUCGUCUGCACGCCGCUCAAACCCUCCUGAGGCCGACAGGAAGCCUGUCCACCAGAGAGGGGGCGGGACUUCCUGUCAGUGUCUCCGUCCUCUCCAGAGGACCAAUCGGAUGUCCCGUCCUCUCGAGAUGCAUCAACACAUCGACCUGCUACAUGUGACACGCUCACGUUAGCAUGUUGCUAUGCUAAACGCUGCAAGCUUAACCUUAUCAGCUAAAUGUUCCCGGCUAACGUUACAGCCAGCGGCGCUGUAAUAACAGCGUUGAUUAUUAUCAGGUCAUUUAUUCAUAUUCGAUCUGCAGCGACGAGUUUGAUGAGAUUUCAUCUAGGAUGACGAGUCGUUAGAGAUUCAGUCUCUCUGUCUCGGUCAGGAGGUCAUCGUGUUCAGACUGACGUUAUGAGCUGAUGGUUCAACUCCCAUGAGGGAGGAAACGUCUCUGAGUCUCUGAGUGAAGAACAAAGAUCUGUAUUUAUAUUCUGUUGAGCCUCAUUGAGGCGUUGAAGAGACGCUGAACCCCUUUGAUCUUUGUUAUGAGCGACACCUGAGCAGGUGUUCUGUAACUGUGAAGAUGUUUGGAUUAAACACGACUCGGUGCCAAAAAU